AUGGCGGGGAACCGCAGAGGCGGAGGCAUGAAGAUUGAUCUUCCACCUGUUCCCCUGGGGGUAGUGGUGGCUUUCAUGGAGCCUACCUACCCCAAACCCAUUCCUCCAGAGUCCUACAACCCGUUUGACAUCGCCUUUGACCUCGAGCGGGGCUUCCAAGGACGCUUCCAGUCCAAGGAAGACUUUGAGGCAAAGAAGCGCGAAUAUCUUGCCCGACGUAACGGCCAGGGCAAGGCACAGGUAGACCUGGUGAAAUACCCAGGAUGCCUCGAUGAUCUUCCCAUCACCGAGGCCGACAGAAAUGUGUGGCGCAAAAAGCUUUUUGGCGCUACUACUUCAGGUUGUUGGGGAGAGAUACAACAACUCAUCACCAUGGAGGGUAACUCCAAAAGCAGAGGCAUGAGGAUUGAUCGUCCAGCCAUUAUCAGGGACGACAGGGACAAAUGGUGCAAGGAGAUUCUGGGGGUCAUUCGCAAUGUUAUGUCCCAACAAGAUACUCGGAUGGGUCAGAGCACCAAGGGUCAAGCCGGAGGCGAUCAAGGCAACGGCAGUGUUGAACAACCUGCACAGCAAGGCGCCCCCGUUCCCGAUGAGGAAACCCACGUCGGAAAAGCCAUGGCCCUUGACGACGAGGAAAUCAAAAAGAUGGCUUACGAGUUUCUGGACGAGCUCGACAAGGCUCACCUAGACGUUCUCAAGCGGGACUUCGACAAUGUCAAGAGGAACUUCGACAACAUCAAGAAGAUUCCGUCCUUUGCUGCCAGAUGGGAGGCUUACCGCCAUGCCCUCAGGCUCAUGACAGCCAACAGUGAGAGACGGACUACCAGCUAG